AUGGAACAUACUAUACAGAAAAUUGGUGACUAUUCAGAUAAUGAAGUGUUUGAUGAUUCAAUAUUGGCGGCAAAUUUCGAAAAUUCAAUUUUUAAAGACGAUAAUCUAAAUAAAAGUGAUAUAGAUAACGUUUUAAGUUUGAGUGCUCUAAGUAGUGACAGAGAAACAAUUGGAUAUGAUAAAGUAACUGGCAAAACAUGGAUUUAUCCAACAAACUACCCAGUAAGGGAUUAUCAAUUCAAUAUAAUAAAAGCUGCAAUUUUGAAAAACACACUUGUAAGUCUGCCAACUGGUUUGGGCAAGACCUUUAUAGCAGCAGUUAUAAUGUAUAAUUUCUAUCGUUGGUAUCCAAUGGGUAAAAUAAUUUUUACAGCACCUACUAAACCAUUGGUAGCACAGCAAAUUAAUGCCUGUUAUAAUAUUGUAGCCAUUCCCCCUGCGGAUACAGUGGAAAUGACAGGUCAUAUGCAGGUCAAUACAAGAAAAAAUCAAUGGGAAACAAAGAGAGUGUUUUUUGCUACGCCACAAGUAAUAGAUAAUGACAUAAAAUCAGGGAUAUGUCCUGGGGAUAAAAUUCGUUGCUUGGUUAUAGAUGAAGCACAUAAAGCAAGAGGAAACUAUGCAUAUUGUCAUAUUAUUUCAUCACUUGCGAACAUUGGGCACACAUGGUUCAGGGUUCUUGCUUUGUCUGCAACACCAGGAAAUAAAGUUGAAGAUGUUAUCACAAUUAUAAAAAAUCUUAACAUAGCUCAUUUAGAGAUACGAACAGAGACUAGUAAAGAUGUUGAACCAUAUUGCCAUUCCCGUAAAAUAAAUACAGUCAUUAUAGAACUUGGUCCUGAACUCACUUAUUUAAGACAGCAGUAUGUUGAGAUUUUGGAUGUGUAUGCAAGGAGACUUAAGCAACUCAACAUUUUACCCCAAAAUGUUGGAAAUCUAUCUAAGGGACGGAUAGUGAUGAUGUACAAAGAAUUCCAAAGCAGGGAACGUGGAGCCAGGCAUCCAAAACAUAGCUACAUAAUGAAAGACUUCACAUUCUUAAUUGCCCUCUACCACGGCCUCGAGCUGCUAGUGAAGCACGGCUCGCGAGUGUUCUUGAAUUUUUUCGAUGAACAUCCAGAAAAAUCCUGGAUACAAUCAGACCAAAAACUCAUGGCGUUUCUGGACAAAUUGAGGAAUGAUCUCGGAAUCAACCCCCUAUCUUUAGACAGAAGUAUUUUACCCGAUGGGACAAUACCCGAAAUGCCAAAAAAUUUAACAUUCGGUCACCCAAAGUUUGACAAAUUGAAAGAAAUCAUGUUGCAACAUUUCAACGAGGCGAAACAAAAAGGCGAGGAAACUAAAGCCAUAGUGUUUUGCGAAUACCGUGAGAGUGUGAACCUCGUGCACUGCUUGCUGCUGCAGUGUCGGCCUCUCAUCGUACCGCAGAUGUUUGUUGGUCAAGGUGCCUCUGGCAAGGAGCGGGCGGGCGCGUCGCAGCGGCAGCAGGCGCGCGCGCUGCGCGGCUUCCGCGCCGGCGCCAGCAACGCGCUGGUGUGCACGUGCGUGGCGGAGGAGGGGCUGGACGUGGGCGCCGUCGACCUCAUCCUGUGCUUCGACGUGUCCACGCGCUCGCCCGUGCGCCUCGUGCAGCGGUGCGGACGCACGGGGCGCUCGCGCGGCGGCCACGUGUACAUACUCGUCACAGAGGGGCGCGAACACCAGGUGUUACUCGACAGUAUGCGACAACGCGACGGACUCAACUACAGUGUGCUGAGGUCUAAGGAAGUACAAGACAACUUGUACAAACACAACCCGCGCAUGCUGCCUCCGGGCGUCUUCCCCGACUGCCACAAGACAUUCAUAAAAAUAAACAAAAAGGACACCACCGAAAAAUCAACAACUAAAUCUAAAAAGGGUCAAAAGGAUUUAAGGGCUAUGUUACUAGACAAAGGGUCGGUUACAUCGAAGAGUGACCACAAAGAUUUGUUAACGAAAGAUGAAUUUGAGGAACUCUACCCGUCCGGCUGUCGCCUCGCUCGCUACUUCCCUCCGGCCCGCGAAUACUGGGCUAUGAGCAGCGAAAAACUGCUCACAAUAAGAAGUGAUUCUAAAUUAAAUUUAUCAACUUGGUUGGACAAUCAAAGGAUCUUACAGACAACUGCUCUCGUCGGCCAUUCAGCUGAUACUGAAAUAUUAGUGAAGUUACUGAAUUACAACAGUACCAAGGAAGAUGUGCCGCUGGCUGAGACUCAAGGCUCUUACCCAGCAUCACUAACCCCGAAUGUGUUCUUAUCGCCCGUCAAAACUAAAGUUAAGAAAAAACAAAAAAAUCCCUUGCUAAAAUCUCCUUUUAAAAAAGAUGGCGAUAUUAGAGCUAUAUUCAGCACCGCCACCAAAUCUACUAAGAGUUACACAAAACUUAUAAACGAAUUGGGAAUUCACAAUGACGAGAGAAUACCCACGAAGUUAAUAAAUAUAUUCGUAGAUUUGAGUGUGGAAAAUAAAAAUAUGACCAAACUUUGCUGGACUUGUCAUAACAUUUGUGAUUGUAAAAUUAUACAACAAAUGAGAAAUGAAAGAAAUGUGCCUUUGUUUUUGCCAAUACAUAGUGAGCCGUACUUACCCAAUAUCUCGUUAAUAGACGAUUUUGAUAGAGAUUUCCUAAUAGAAUACGGCAAGACUUCAUCAAAUAAUGUUUCAUCAGACUGUGAUAUUAACAAGUUUGAUGAUAUAAAUAAUGAAGUAAUAGAAAAGAAUUUAGACUCAAAAUUAUGUGUAUUAGAAUCGGAGGGAAAAAAUAUUAAUAAUAAUACGAAACCUGAUAAAAAUAUCGUAAUUAAUUUCGAUAUCGGCGAUGUAGAAGAUAUAUUCGCAGAUAGCAGUUCUGAAGACACUGAUUUUACUGAACAAAUUAAUAUCGCACCUCAAGCAAAAGACACGACCAAAACUGAUGAUAAAGAUAUAGAAUUUUUCCAUUUAAACAGUAUCGAGGAUUUGUUUGAAGAUUCAGAUUCUGAUUCGAAUAUUCAAAAAGAUAAAGAAUUUAAAUCACUUAAUGCAAAAACUUCAGAUCAUAUAAUGUUUGAUAUUAAACCUGUAGAAGUCGACUGUGAUGUACAGUGUAUAGAGGACAAAGAUAAUAAACCAAAUGUAUACCUAAAAAGCCCAUCAAUACUCUCCGGUGUAGCUGUAAAGAACUCUGCUCCAACAUCACCCAUACUCUGUUCACAAACAAAUAAAUAUAAAUUGAGUAUAACAAAAAAUAUACAGAGCUCUACCCCGAAGAGUUCGAAAAAACGAUUGGAUAUGAGCAAACCGCAAGGUACAAUAAUAGCUUCACCAAAAGAAAUAUCUGAAUCUUGCGAACAAUCAAAGGACAUUAGUUCCAAAAGCAUGUUAACAAUAACACAGAUUAUAGAUUUCAUAAAUAGAACUAAAAAUAAUAGCACAAUUGGUUCGAGUAGUUCUCAUAAAGCUUUGAAUGAAAGUAAAGGAGUGUAUGAGAAUGAAAGGAGUUCUUCCCCCAUACUGUUGACUCUACGCGACCGACGGAAAAACUCCCAUACGAUAGAUUCCAGUGCAUUAAAAGGUUCUCAAGUCAAACAAACAAGUUUAGUCAUCCUCGAUAGUGAUAGCGACAGUGACUUCGAAUUCGACACUCAAGAACUUAAACAAAUAGAAAUGCAGGAAAAAAGUAAGACUGAAGGAAUAACAGACAACAAAUCUUCUUCGAUUGCGCAAAAGUCUAAACAAAAUGAUGAAGAUUCGCCAUAUUUUAAUAAGAAACUUAAAUUAACAAACGAUCGCAAUGAGGCCACGACUUUACAAAAGAAGAUUCUGGCCGCGCUCACUUCUAGUAAGUUUAAUACCGAUCCGCUCGGGGAUAAAGACUCGCAUGUGAACUUUAUGGUCAGAUCUCCUCUUCUGAAAUUUGGGAAGGAAAAUAAACAUAACUUAGAGAGCCCCAAAGAGGAAAAAGAUAACUAUGAAACAAAAAGUAAUGUAACAAAGCUACAAAAUAUGUGUGGACAUGACAGUAAUUUUAUAGACAGCCCAUUAGAAAAGAAAUGUAAUACUGGAAUAAAGAGUAAUAUUGCAAAGCUGCAAAUGUAUCGGCGUGAUAGUAGCGUGAAUGGGAAACAUUUGGUUGGGAACUCCACGAACACGUCGACGCCAGUGAAUGGCAUGAAAAGGAAACUCACGUUCAGCGACAGUGACGACGACUUCGAGAGCUCCGGGCCGCGGAAGAAACGCGUUGCCAGCGAGGUGCGACUCCCUUAUCAUAAGAUGAGAAAAUGUUUCAAGAAUAAGAAGAAAAAUGAUAAAAACAACGAGUUCCUGGAAUUGGAAGCUGAGUUGUCGGGCGACGGGUCGAGCUCGGGCGACGAGCUGUCCGACGACAGUGUGGGCUCCAUCCUCGACUUUAUAUGUGACGACAGCGCCACGCUACAGGAGGAUGACGACAUGCACGCUCAUUAUUUGAAGUCGGUGAAAAGCCCAGUCAAAGGUGUUUUCAAAAUACCGCAGCUGCCAGAUAAAUUUAAUAAAAGAGAGAUACUUUCUCAAACCUGGGUUGAGAAUGAUACAUAUGAGAUGGAUAGUUUUUGCGUAGACGACUCGAAUGUUGGUUUAACUCAAGCGAAUGAGUUAUCUGAACUCGAGGUAGCGGAAAUGAUUUUGGAGGAGAGAAGAAGAAAACGAAGACCCUCGAAACAUUUGAGUCAAUCUCAAGCAAAUGGUGAAAGUCCUAUUUUUAAAAGAAAAUUAAAAACAGUGAGAAUGCACAUAGAAAGCGAUUCAGAUGAUAGUAGC